GAGGGGCUGCGGCGGGGCCCGAGCUGCGGGGAUGGGGCCGCGGCUGCAGGGUGGCACGGCGGGGGGCGAAUGGGCGGUUUGGUGCCAGACUGCGGGGUUCUGGGCAGCUGGUAAAGCUGGGGGUGCGCUGAGAGCCUUCACCGCGAAGCGUCCUCGUGAGGCUCGGUGUUCCGUUAAAACGCUUUAAGUCCGUGGUAACUCAUGUGGCAGUGAAGCUCUUCCCUCCAUAGUUCCACCCCAUCCAUCUGUGGCUUUCAGAAAAGGAAAUCAAAGGCCAGGCUAUACCAAAAUCUUUACCUCACACAAAUACAGCAUAUUUCAGUGUAAUUCUUUCUACUUAAGCUGAUUUUAAAAUGGAUUGAAGGAAGCAUGCGACAUACAGUUGAUAACCAGUAACUUCCAGAUGGCCAGAUCAGAACCUCAGGACAGAAAUUAUGAUAAUGUGGUAAAGAUGGUAGAGGACCUGAACAGAGACUUAGAGAAACUUCUGGAGGAAAUGGAAAAAAUGACAGUGCAGGCAACCUGGAUGGCAUAUGACAUGGUAGUAAUGCGUACCAACCCAGACCUGGCCAAUUCCAUGAGGCGUCUGGAAGAUGCCUUCCUGAAUUGCAAAGAAGAGAUGGAGAAAAGAUGGCAAGAGGUGCUAGGGGAAUCUAAAGCCAUCCUUGUAGUGUAUGUGCAUAUACAACUUCCUGGAAGAUCACACUCACUUCAUAGUCAAUAUGUACACAUGGAAUAGUUUGACCUCUGAACAAAUGUGUUGGAGCGAGAAAGAGUGUGUACAAUGGACAACUGCAUUGCACCAGCAUAUGCCUAUCAAGGAAAACUGAAGAAUUACUUUUUUUUUUUUCCAAAUUAAAAACUCUAGAUGUGCAGAUCAGGUUAGUUUGAUAGGAUUGCCUAAUAGGUGUUCAGUGACAAUUUUAUUGUUAGAUAGCUCACCUGUUUUGUUUCCUUGGAUUUUUAACCAUUUAUUUGGACUGGUUAUCCCAGAAAGAUUGUUUCUUUCAAACUUUCUGAAGGUAACAUAUCUUAAAUAAGAAAAAAAUGUUUACAAUUAUAGACCGUAGUUUUUGUGGUACGGUUUGUGAGAUUGCUGCAAAUACCAAAUUAACGUUGUUACAAAACAUGCUUUUCUCCAUAUGUUCCUACUGUGGGAUAUUAAAAAAGAAUAGAAAAAGAAAUUUA